AUGGGAAGCUUUUUCAGCAUAUUCAGAAGCAACGACACUAAAGACAGACAACCGGCGGCACUGAGUUGGGACCGUGGAUUACAAUGUAUAACAAGACCACACACUGACGAGGCAAAGACAGGACGACACACUGGCACCACAGUGAACCUUGUUCUUUUGGGAAUGGCUGGGACUGGAAAGAGUGCCAGUGGGAACACCAUCCUUGGACAGAAACACUUUGUUUCUAGACCCAGUUCAACGGCCGUCACCACAAAUUGCCAGAAUGUACAAACUGAGAUCAGUGGUGUAGACGUAAAUGUGAUUGAUACCCCAGAUAUGUUUGAUGAUGACAUUGCUCCAUCAGUUAGGGGCAAACAUGUGAAAAGGUGCAAACAACUGUGUGAGUCAGGACCAUGUGUGUUUGUACUUGUGAUGCAUGUGAGCAGAUUUACAGAUGGUGAGAGAGACAUAAUGGAAAAGUUAGAAAAAGCUUUUGGGAGGGAAGUUAGAGGACGAACAAUCAUCCUGUUCACCCGAGGAAACGACUUGCAGCAGGCAGGAAUGGGCUUGGAGGAUUUUCUUCAUUCUUGCCAACCUGAUCUGAAGAAAAUGGUUGAAAAGUGUGGAAACAGGUGUGUUCUCUUUGAGAACAACAAAUCAGGUCCUGAUCAGGUUGAAAAACUAAUGAAGGUGGUAAACACAAUACAGAAGAACUUAUAG